UUCCUUCAAAAGACAUCAGACGCACCUCAGUAUAGCGCGAGUUAUUGUUGUGGUGGAGACGUGACAGGUGUGAAGCCGGUUUGUUUAAUUCUCAUCUUAAUUUACUAAUGUCUUAAUCGGUAGCGUAAAGUGUACUGGAAAAAAAAACUGAUGUCUGAAGCCCACUGUCCAGGGGGUGACAAAAUGAAAACGGAAAAUGACACAGAAAGGCCGACUUUGAAGAAUAUCCUUCAGCAGCCUGGAAAUGACAUAUGUGCAGAUUGUGGGGCGCCUGAGCCGCAGUGGGGCUCCUGCACAUUGGGAGUGCUUCUCUGUCAUGGCUGCUCGGGUGUCCACAUGACCUUCAUGGAGGCCAGCAAGAUCAAGCCCCUGAUCGAGUCUAAGUGGACGGACUCUGAAAUGCAGUUCCUGGCAGCCCACGGGAAUGAAGUCGCCAAGCUUAAAUAUGAACCGGCCGUUCCCAUCUACUACCACCGGCCUAAGUUCCUGGAAGCGCAGGUCCUGAAGGAGCAGUGGAUUAAAGCCAAGUACGAGAGACAGGAGUUCAUGGAUCCCAUGAAACGGCAGACCUACCAGGAGGAGCUGAGGGAGGGCUAUCUCAUGAAGAAAGGUCGGGACAACAUGCAGUAUUUGAGCCGCAGGUUCGUGCUCACAGAGAAGGAGGGAACGCUGAAGUACUACACAAAGGAAGAUAACAAAGUGCCCAAAGUGGUGAUCAAGGUGGACGUCAUCAACGCUAGCUUCCAGCCGGAGAAGAUCGGUCAUGUCAACGGGCUGCAGAUCAGCUUCCUGAAAGACAACAGGACACGCAACCUCUUCCUCUACCACGAAGAUGGCAGGGUGAUGGUAGACUGGUUCAAUGCCAUCAGAGCCGUUCAGUUCAGGUGGCUGAAGCUGGCCUUCCCCGCGGCAGCAGACCAUGAGCUCACCACCAGAAUGAUGAGGAUGUACGUGAAGGAGGGUUUCAUGGAGAAGACUGGGCCACGGCAGACGGAGGUCUUCAAGAAGCGCUGGUUCACACUGGACAACAGACGGCUGAUGUAUUUCAAAGACCCUCUGGAUGCCUUCGCCAAGGGGGAGCUCUUUCUCGGCCAGAAGAACAUGGGCUACAGCGCCUGCCCAGGGAUGCCAGAGGGCACGCAGUGUGGGGAGUGGUCACACGGCAUCACCGUGACGACGCCCGAGCGCAGCUAUGUGUUCACCUGCGAGUCCGAGGGGGAUCAGCAGGACUGGUUGCGCCACUUCAACCAGGUCAUCGACUUGGUGAUGUCACCGCAGGACUUUGCCAUGGAAUCCUUGCUCAAACAUAGAUGAAAAGAUAGCCUGUCAGCCAUCACGGCCCUUCACCUGCCAGACAAGCAGGGGACUACAGUACCCACCUCUUUUCAAGUUUCCACGUGGACUACAGCACCCAUCUAUACGGCCAUGUUUGGACUACAUUCCAUCACCCGAAAACCAAUCAGAUCCAAUCCUUCCUAGUCAUCACUCUAACAGUGCUGUCACAUUGGUUGCUAGGGAUUAUUCCUCAUAAAUUCAUUGGCACAUUUAUAGUAAAGUAUUUUGCCAUUUGCAUUCAAGAUACAUCUAAAUGUUUGUUUAGAAUCAAAGGCAAGCUUGAGAUGCUUUUUUCUGUUGUUCCCGAUUGCCAUGUACUAAGACCAGUGAUUCUGAGAUAUUACCCACAGAUUUCCGCUGUUCCUGUAACCUUCUCCCUGAUUACAUCUACCAGUGCAGUGUUGUCUGAUAAUCUUGGAUUUUUGAAGAACAAAGAGUAACAAUGCUGCCCUCUACUGCCUAUAAAAAGCAUUUUCGGUUUUA